CACUUGGAAGCUACAUCAUAAAAACAUGCUAACGGUUUUCUUUCUUUGCUUCUCAUAACUCCCUACGUUCUCUCUUUAAACUAGCUCUCAUUUCUGGUUCUCUCAUUUCUCAACAAGCUCCAAAUUCUGAUAAUUACCAUUAGAUGCCAGCAAGUGACAACGUUGCAAUGGAAAAUGAGACACAUGAUAAUAAUGUGAACAAACAGCUUUCUGAUGAUGAAGGAAGUGUUCAAACAGUAAAGGCUAGCACCAUUGAUGAGCUUCACUCACUGCAGAAGAAGAAAAAUACCACUCCCUCCGGAUCUCAGGCCGACUUAUCUACUCUUCCCGAUGACAAUCCUCAAAAACAACAACUCCAAUCUAUCAGUGCAUCUCUAGCAUCAUUUGCAAGAGAAACUGGACCAAAAGUAGUGAAGGGAGAUCCAGCUAGCAGGUUGGAAACACAAAGGGUUGCUCAUGUUCCUCAUCAACGUAUCACACCCACCAUUGCUGUUAGUGACAGUUCCCUCAAGUUUACUCAUGUUCUCUACAAUCUCUCUCCUGCAGAACUUUAUGAGCAAGCGAUAAAGUAUGAGAAAGGAUCGUUCAUAACUUCAACCGGAGCAUUGGCUACACUUUCGGGGGCCAAGACCGGACGGUGUCCAAGAGAUAAGCGUGUCGUCAAGGAUGAUCUCACUGAGAAUGAGCUUUGGUGGGGAAAGGGUUCCCCUAACAUCGAGAUGGACGAGCACAGUUUCAUGGUGAAUAGGGAAAGAGCUGUUGAUUACUUGAACUCUUUGGACAAGGUUUUUGUGAAUGAUCAAUUCUUGAACUGGGAUCCAGAGAACAGAAUCAAAGUCAGGAUUGUCUCUGCCAGAGCUUAUCAUUCACUCUUUAUGCAUAACAUGUGCAUUCGACCUACUCCUAAAGAGCUUGAGAAUUUUGGCACACCAGAUUUCACUAUUUAUAAUGCAGGAAGGUUUCCAUGUAAUCGUUAUACACAUUACAUGACAUCUUCAACCAGUGUUGAUCUUAAUCUUUCAAGGAAGGAAAUGGUCAUUCUUGGAACACAAUAUGCUGGUGAAAUGAAGAAGGGUCUUUUUAGUGUCAUGCAUUAUCUCAUGCCUAAGCGUCAAAUCCUUUCCUUACACUCUGGCAGCAAUAUGGGCAAAGAUGGUGAUGUUGCUCUCUUCUUUGGACUCUCAGGUACCGGAAAAACUACUCUUUCAACGGAUCAUAAUAGGUACUUGAUUGGAGAUGAUGAGCACUGCUGGAGCGAAAAUGGUGUCUCAAACAUUGAAGGUGGUUGCUAUGCAAAGUGCAUUGAUCUCUCUAGGGAGAAAGAGCCUGAUAUCUGGAAUGCAAUCAAGUUUGGUACAGUUGUGGAGAAUGUUGUUUUUGAUGAGCAUUUUCGAGUUGUUGAUUAUACAGACAAAUCAGUUACUGAAAAUACUCGUGCAGCUUAUCCAAUUGAGUACAUUCCUAACGCAAAGUUACCAUGUGUUGGUCCUCACCCAAAGAAUGUCAUACUUUUGGCAUGUGAUGCAUUUGGUGUGCUUCCACCUGUUAGUAAGCUAAGCUUGUCACAGACAAUGUAUCAUUUCAUCAGUGGAUAUACAGCUUUGGUGGCUGGCACAGAAGAGGGUAUAAAGGAGCCACAAGCAACAUUUUCGGCUUGUUUUGGAGCAGCAUUCAUAAUGCUACAUCCUACAAAGUAUGCAGCCAUGCUUGCUGAAAAAAUGCAAAAUCAUGGUGCUACUGGAUGGCUUGUUAACACUGGUUGGUCUGGUGGAAGCUAUGGUAGCGGAAAUCGCAUUAAACUUGGCUAUACAAGAAAAAUUAUUGAUGCUAUUCAUUCAGGAAGCCUCUUGAAUGUUCAGUACAAGAAGACUGAGAUUUUCGGGCUUGAGAUCCCUACUGAAGUGGAAGGAGUCCCCUCAGAAAUUCUUGACCCCCAGAACACGUGGUCAGACAAGAACGCAUACUUUGAGACACUAUUGAAGUUGGCUGGAUUAUUCAAGAAGAACUUUGAAACCUUCACUAACUAUACGAUUGGAGGUGACAACAAAUUGACAGAAGAUAUUCUUGCAGCUGGUCCAAUCUUUUGAUGCUUAGGAAACUGAGUCACUCCUUCCUACCACACUCUUCCUCUCUUGCAUCAAAUGUCUUUUGAUUUUGCAUUUGUUGAUUGAUUGAUUUAUUGAUUGAAAAAAAGGCGAUAUAUAAGUACAAGAUCGCGAUCAUGCCUGAAAACUUAGAAGAAAGUUAAUGUCUUUUUAUUGCUAUUGCAAAUGAAUUUUUGUUGUCUGUUUGUUUUUGGUUUGGCAGAAAAGUUGAGAGGGAUAUUAAAAGUCAGGGCUUGCUAUAAAAUGUUUGGAAGCAAUAUCUAUCUAUCUAUCUUUUCAGCAGUUAUUUCUAACUGAUUUUUAUUAACUUAGAUUUGUCAAUGAUCUUUGAGACUUUCAUGUAUUUUACGGUUUAUUUUAGGUUCAUUGUAGAAACCUUGCAAAUAUAAAAGAGAAACUGUAACACAAUUAGUCUUUGGAAUAAUUCAUAUUUGAUAAGACUAAACUAGAAAAAUAACAGCAGAGUAUUAGAAUAA